CUCACGGCAGACAGUCGCAUAACUACUCGCGUGUUCUACGGUGAGCUGCCGCGACGCUUUCAGAGACGUUAAAGGAAGAGGCAACAUGAAGAAACACGCUCGCGUUUGUGGGAGUCGUUGUCUCGGUCCCAUUCGGUUCCUUUCAGAGGCCAAAGGACAGCUCGUUACGAUUUCCCAAGGAGGGUGCCUCGCGACGAGGGACACUUCGUCCUUCAGGCAUGGGUUGGUUUUCCUCGUGCGUCCAGUUAAGCUAAAUGAAAAGAUUCGCAUACGUAUAGAAGGUGGAGUAUCGUCGCGGGACGGGGCCCUCCGCAUCGGUUUCACCAACAACCCCCCGAACCUGAUACCGCCAACCACUUUACCGGACAUGCACGGUACGCCGAGAUGCCGCGUCGUGCCGGUUCCCGAGGAGGUGUGCCUACCCGGCGCAGAAAUGGAAUUCUGGUUGAACUACGCAUCGUUGGUGCUGAUUCGUGGAACGGAUAGGAAGAAAUACUGCAUGAAGGCAAAAGAGCUCAGUCUAAACGAGCCGCUCUAUGUUUUCUUGGAUCUGUAUGGAAACACGAGCGCAGUGCGUCUUCUAGGUUCGAGAAAGGGGGCUCGCACUUCAUGCCCAGACGAGCUACUACAUUCCAAAAGCCUGACUGACAGUGAUGCAACGACAGUGUCCAGCGAGAAAGUACAUUCAGAUACUAGACGAGUUCUUAGAGAAGCAUCAACAUGGCGAGCCAGAUUUGCUCCAUCUUAUGUCAAUUCACCAGUAUAUACACAAGGACCAGACCCAACCAAAUGCACACAGACUACAACCAACAGAAACCUCCAAAACAGGAAUCUUCAGUUAUCAAUGGAAGAGAUGGAUGUCACCUUCUUGCUGAGAGUGUUUCAGUGCCAACAUCUCAGUUCCAGCAAGGUCCACGUGAUCAUCAGGAGGAAACGACUCCUUAAGAGCGCCAUCAUAGCUAUGUCUAGCAGCAACUUUCACUGGACUAAAACCCCUCACAUUGAGUUUGUCGGUGAGGAAGCCUUUGACAAUGGCGGUCCAAGAAGGGAGUUUUUUAGACUUCUGAUGAUCGAGGUACAGAGCAGUCUGGGUAUUUUUGAGGGGAAGCCGGGACACUUAUUCUUCACUUACGACCAGAGUGCUUUGCAGCAGCACAAGUACAAGCAGGCCGGAAAGCUGGUUGCUUGGUCUGUAGCUCAUGGAGGACCAGGACUCAAGGCUCUAGACCCUUGUCUUUACCUGCUCAUGUGUGAUCAGGACACUCAACUCGCCGACUUUGACUGGCGUCUAAUUCCAGAUGCUGAUGUCCAGGAAAAAGUACAAAAAAUUUUGUCUUGCAGGACAAGUGAACACCUUUGUGCCCUGCAAAGAGAACUAGGAGACUGGAUCUGCGACUGUGGCUUUCCGGGCAUUUAUGGACCAAAGAUUUCCAUCCAAGACCUUCCUAAGAUUUACUCCUACAUUGUGAAGCACUACAUUUACCUCAGAGUAUCGAGUAUGGUUGUCCAGUUCAUGGAGGGCAUGAACUCAUACGGUGGGCUUUGGGACACAGUGAAAGCGAACUGGAUUGAUUUCCUUCCCAUUUUUACCAACAUGAAUGAACCCAUAUCCAGAAAUUCAAUCACGGCCCUUUUCCAAAUCAACUGGAGUAGGGAAGGAACCAAGAGCAGAGAGGAAGAAGAGGAGACUGUCUAUUACUGGGAGCUGGUGCUUAGGAUGAUUGAGGAUAAAAAAACAGAAUUAUCUUUCCGAGAGCUCCUAGCAUUCAUUACUGCAACAGAUGAAGUUCCAGCCUUGGGAUUCCCCCAGAAGCCCAGCAUCAACUUUUACCAUCCUGACAGGCACGGCUGCCGCCUACCAUAUGCCUCAACGUGUAUGAUGGGACUUUUCCUCCCCAGGGGGGUCAAAAGCCAAGCAGAACUUAAUGCAAUGCUUCUCCGAGCUGUGAGAGACUCAGCAGGCUUCGGUAAAACAUAGGAAUGUGUUGUAGUCAGUGGAUUGUUAGUCUACCCAAAAGUAUAAUAUUUAUUUAUGACUAUGUUGUGUAUUUGCUCAAGGAAUUUAAGCGUUCACACUUUUAACUGUCACAUCACUCCAGCCCUCAGAGAUGGCAGGUAUCAGUGUGCUUAGCCUAUGGAUAUUCUUUCUCUUGUGAAACAUGUUUAAUUAAGAACAGGUGCAUCUGCACUGUUUGGCUUAACAAAUGACCUCUUGCUUAUUAGCAUUUUGUCAAGCUUUACAAACCUUUACAAACAAGCUUUACAAAUGUCUGUUUACUGAAAUAUGAAAAUAACAGACAUUUUAGGGAAGUCGUGGCAUACUGGCAGACACCAGCAUGAAUGGCCAGUGAAUGAAGGUUAGCAGAAAGGUGAGAGUAUUGGGAAGAAGAAGAGCAGAGUACCUUGCACACGAUUGCUAUUUAGAAUUUUCCAAUAUUCUAAAUGGUAAGAAGCUAAGAUAUGAACUAUGGAUUUUCACAUGCCCUGGUUCCCAGGAUCCUAGUGAUCAAAAAGGAAAGCCCAAUUGAAAUUGGUUCAUUCCUAUUGUACAGUGGUUGUUGUGUCCCUGGAGGCUGCUUCCUUGUGCACUGUAUGUGAUGAGCUGUGUGGCUUCUGGCAGUGAAACAAGAAAAUGUCACUUUUCAACCUAUUACAGGGAGAGUUGGGACUCUCCAUUGAGAGUGCUGUUCUCUUGCUUCUGUGUUUAUACCUUAAACAUUUCUUUAUCACACUAUACGAAAAUGUAAGAAAACAACAACAGAAACACUAACUGAAGUGUUUCCUUUGCAAAUCAAAAAUUGUAAAUUUGAAGAACAGAUGAAAAUUUUUAGUUCAUGUUUCCUUUUUGUUUCUAACAACUAG